AUGUCUACACCAGUUGCCUCAGACUACACACCAAGGCUUCAGAACCCAGUGAAAGGUCAAAAGAAAAAAGGACUUAGGAGAGUGAAGACAGGUGUGUGUGUGACCCUUGGCAGAAGAUCAGAGAUGUCAUCUGUCUCCCCAAAGAUGUCCAGCAAACUCAAUGAUUCAUGGAAAGAGGUGCCAGAGGAGAAUGCUUGCUUGGCAAAAAAAGCUCCAAAGGCCAGCAGCAUUCGGGCUUCCAGGGAUGCCUCUGCAGGGGAUGUCCCUGAGCAGAGAACCAAGAGGAAGAGGGGACAAUGCAAAAGGAAAUUGGAGAAUAUCCUGACCGAUCCAAAAGCCUGCACCAUUCUUGCCUCCACUGAUGCCUCUGCAGGGGAUGUGCCUGAGCAGAGAACCAAGAGGAAGAGAGUCCAGAAGACAAGGACCCUGACAGAUGUCAAAGCAGCUAUCCUUGAAGGUGCCUCAAACACAGCCACCUCUGAAGCUGCCCCUGAAGCUGCCUCAGAGCCGAAGUUCUACAGGAGGAGAACCAAGAGGAGCAUAUGGACUGUGGACCGCAUCGAGGGGACAAAACUCAUCAUAAACAAAAAGAGAAGACUCAGUUACCAGCCUGAGGACCUUGAAGCCUUCUACCGAAUUCUGGAGGAUCCUGUGGUCCAGAACUUCUUGGCAGCUGACAUUUUCUUCAGGGUGACUGACAAGUACCUGCUGUCCAUGGUGGUGGAGUACUUUGGCCGACUUGGACUCCCUGGACAUCUCUACAACAGGAUCCACUUCUUCCUGGCCCUCUACAUUGCCUGUGACAUGGAAGAGGAUGACCCCAUAUCUAGGAGGAGCAUCUUUCAAUUCUCGCUGGGCAGAGACACAUGGCAAGACUUGUACAAGGACUUCCAAAGGCUUCAGAAGGAGUUCCUCCAAGUCAUAGAUUACCGAGCCUGGGUCACACGACAAGAGUGUGAAGAGAUCCAGAACCAGAACCCACACCACUGGGUCUGGAGCCGGGUGCGCCAGAGCGCUCCUUAG